UGUCCCUCCAGCCACGCACACACUGUUAGAGCUACUGUUUCUCCGCAGCGGUUAGGACACUAAAGCGGCCUCGGGUUUUUAAACUGUUUCGUGAAAGUCUGCAGUCCGACUGUGGACAAAAGCGGGAGAAGUCCUGGGUGAAGAAGAGGAGAGGAAAUCACGCUUGUGUAGUGAUUUUAUUACUGCGUCGCCACAAGACACAGAUGAUGGAGACCAAACUCUGGAUUGCCCUUUGCGCGCUUCUAGCGAUUUACUUGGGAUCCGCUGAACACGCUGAUGGGCAUACUCCUGCCCCUUCUUCAAAAGCUACUCCUGUUCAAACUACAGGGGCUCCAGUUCUGGACCAUGUGUCUACUUUGGGCCUGGACGCUGCCAAUCAUUCAGGGAGCAGCCCAGCAACAAACAUAAGUUCCAGUGGCACAGUCAAUGUGAGCAGUAGCACAACUACAGAAAAUACAAGCAUCACCAUCACAGCCGAACCAGGGAAAGAUAAUGUAACCGACAACGCCAUUAAGACUACAUUAGCAAAAAAUGAAAACAUCACAAAUACGACACUUUCACCAUCCCAGAGCAGCCCCAUCACAGCUGUUCCCAUUAAUAUCAGCACCACACAGGUACUGCACACUUCUGCACCCCCUGCUACUUCUGCCCCAGCAUCUGAACCACCAAAACCUGAAUCUACCAUUAACGCCGCCACCACCAAGUCCAACACAAAUUCCAGCACCGCCUCCCCCCAAAAGCCCUCCACUUCCCAGCCAACGUCAAACACUUCACUGUCCGACAGACAGUCCACCCAGCCUAGCAUCCAGACCAGCUCCCAUGCCAACAACCCAUCACAGCUCAACGUGGACGGGAACGGGACGGCCCACAACUCUCCUGGAUUAGACCCCCUCCUGGCUGGUCUGGUAUCAGCCUUCAUCAUUGCUGCUGUCAUCAUCACUCUGCUCCUCUUCCUCAAACUGCGCCGAAGAGGCAACGGGCCGGAGUUCCGCAGGCUGCAGGACCUACCUAUGGAUGAAAUGGAGGACACACCUUUGUCCAUGUACAGCUACUGAUGAAGGCACAAUAGGAUGUUUGAUGUCCAAAUACCCUCGUAGAUUCCAGAAUCAGGCCACUGUGGUUGGUGAAGUUGGUCUCUCUUCCUUAAUCUGCACCAAACAGAAAGAAUCCUGGGUAGGUGUAAGCACAUUUCUGGAUUGCUUUAAGUUACCCAGAUCAUUGGCAAAAGGAUCCGAUUGAAACUGCAAUGGACAAUGAAGAAAAUAUCCAUGAUGUUGCCUUUUGGAUUUUUUUUUUCUAAAUUUGUCUGUUAUCACGUGUUCCCAAUUUUUCAUCCAUCCAUUCAUUCAUUUGUUCAUUACUGUAAACUUUACAUUAUUCAGCCCAUCUAAGGUUGCUGGGGUUGUGUAAUAUAUUUGAUUUCUCUAGAGUUGAAAAUAGGUUGUUUCAAAGCAGAAGAUCAUCUGACAUGGCCAUCGACUGAGCCUCUCCUACUGGCUCACUGGUUUAAUGUUGCUUUACCAGUUAAAGUCUGGCAGAAAUAAAGGCCAGCAAGCUAAAGAGAAGAAAUAAACAAAACAAACCACCUGAUUAUAGUGUUAACAAGGUUGCACUUUACUUUUUUUAGGAGUGGAGAUUAAAAAAAAUAAGUAAAAGAAUUUUCUGUGUAUUAAAGAUAAGGUUUUUGUGUACAUAGGCAGCAUAGCUGGGUGAACGUUUGUGUGUGCAAGUGUGUUAAAGAGGCAUGGGAGGUUUUAUUUAACUUCUUUUUUUUGUUACCUUAAUGGUCUUGCUGGCUUUUUUGCCUGAUUUUGAUAUGUGCAGUGUUUUAAGUCCAGGAGAGAGUGCCUUACACAGUACACGAACAGCUUUUAAUGUAUAUUGUUUUCAUAUUCCACAAAAACUAAUUUCCAGAUUAAGUAGGCAUUCCCAGUAACCAUUUAAACACACGCUCUGAGGGCCAGGUGGCUGCUAUGAGUCGUCUGUGUUUGAAGAUAAGCCUCAGGCAUGUUCACCGUAAGGCACUCUUUCAUACAAUGUAGACUGAUGUGCGUUAGUGGCCUUUCCACACAAUAUUUUUCAUUUUCCUGUGUAUUGUAAAUACUACUGAUCUGCAUCAAGUAAAAGAAUACGGAUAUAAAACACGUGGGGAAAAUAUAUAAUGGGUGGAAAUGUGACAUACAAGACAACUGAAUCGCCCACAAUGACAUAAAACACAUUUUAACUACUCUUUAUUUAGAAAAAAAAACCUUGUCCACUGAUACAAGUUAAAUUCUGGUUUAAAUCAUGAUGAUAAGUUUGAGCUACAGCUGUGUUUGUAGUUUAGUAUUUGUGCCACAGAAAAGGAAAAUGAAAGAAAAUUUGUGUCAGGCCAUAAAAGAUUCAGUGGUCUUUGGCAUAAAUUCUACACUUCUAAUUCUCAUCAAUCCUCCAAAACUCAUUCCUUUAUUUGGUGAGAGUAAUGGUUAUGCUAUAACCAUUUAAAAAGAUCUAAUGUAUAAUUCAGUCAUCAUUUUUAAGUCCUGUAUUGUCUGUUUCUGUACAUGCAAAACGAAUGCCAAAUGCUUUUCCUGAGGCUUUGCUGCCAGAUGUGAAUUAUUGGACUGUUGGUGAUUUAUGAUUAAAGAUAUUUUGAAACCA